AAUUUUCUUUGAAGUAGGCGCGAUGUAAAAUUUUUUGCAUGACUUGAGACCAUUCAAAUUUUUAUAGCCAAGAUUUUCUAUAGGCAACAUGACAAAAUUCAUCAGCAAUUUGCUGUUACUUUUACUUAACACAAGAGCCAUUUUUUCGUGCUCAGGUCGUCCUUCUUCGUUCAAUGUGUCGGGCGUGAGCAGCAGUCAGGCGACCGUUUCUUGGAACUCGAUUGCCGGUGCUUCCACUUAUGACUUCAGUUCCUCAAUUGAUGGAUACAUUCUUCAUUCAGGACUCACUCAGAACUCAUACGUUGUUGACAGCCUGAUUGGAGGGACCAGGUAUACAAUCACUGCACGAGUGGAGGCCAUCUGCAGUGGCACUGCCUCGGAUUCAUUCUCGGAUGUGAUCAUAAUCACCACAAAGCCUGAAAAGCCAACGGCUGAGAUCCACACGGUGAGCGAGAGUGUCAUCAACAUCGUGAUGAUUAGUAAGGGUCCCGUUGAUACAUUCACCAUCGUCAACUCAGUGCUGCCGGGUGCAAACAACACCAGCCCUAAGAAUUCACACUUGAUCAGUGGACUGCGUCCAGGAACUACCUACACCUUCCAAAUCUAUUCCACCUUGAAUGGAGUCAACUCGGACAAACUUCUCCUGGAGCACCAAGUACCCAAAGACAAAAAUGCUGGGAUGAACCCAUGGGCUAAAGCCGCCAUAUAUUUCGCGGUCAUUUUCGUACUUCUGAUUCUGUCAUGUUGUAUGACGCUAUUCAGCGUCGGUUCACGGAGUCGAUAAACAGAUGAAAAACGAACGGAGGAAUGGAUACGAUUCGGACAUUCACGACAGUUAACCUUCGAAUAAAAUGCCGCAUGAUAAUUUGAUCAAAUGCCUAGUUGUCACAUUACUAACUGGUAUGCACAGUUAAUAUAUAUGCUCUUAAAGCACUUUGAAUGUGAAGAAAAAUUUACGUUCAGCACUUUUUUGAUGAAAUUAACCCAAUUUGAAAAAAAACUGA